UACAGACAUUCUGCAAUGGCUUCCUUUUCAAGCAAUCUCCACCGUCCGCUCUCUGCUAUGGGCGCGUUGCAGGUGGCUGCAGCAUCAACAGACAUCCCCGACCGAUUUCAAAUUCCUAAGGUCUCUGAAUCCAUUUCCAUAUCAAAACCCGAGACCUCAGAGCCGCCAAUUUCUCGAGUUUCAAUCUCUAACCUAUCUUUCAUGAAGAAUCUCAGUAACCCGCUUCCAAUUUCUCACAAACCUGAUUCAGUGUUCAGCUCUCCACCUGCCCUUCUCUCCCUUUACCAAUAUGCUAAGCUUGGAAAACCAUCAAAGGAUCAAGAAUUUAGAGCAAAACCCUCGAAUGCUGAUGUUAGCUAUCGUUGGCAUCUUCCCGACCCAAAUGCGGAUAACGGGAUGGGGAAAUGCUCGUUGGCGAAAUCUCAAACGGUGGUUGUAUUGCUUGGUUGGUUGGGGGCUAAGCAAAGGCAUUUGAGGAGGUAUGCCGAGUGGUAUACGUCUAGAGGCUUCCAUGUUGUGACAUUUACUUUGCCGAUGGCGGAUGUUGUUAAGUUUAGGGUUGGAGGGAAGGUGGAGGAGAGCAUUGAAUUGCUCGCAAAUCAUUUGGCUGGUUGGGUAGCGGAGGAGAGUGGGAAGAAAUUGGUUUUCCAUACUUUCAGCAAUACGGGGUGGCUAACGUAUGGAGUUUUGCUUGAGAAGUUCAGGAAUCAGGACCCUUUGGUGAUGGGGAAAAUCAAGGGAUGUAUUGUGGACUCUGCCCCUGUUGCUUCUCCUGAUCCUCAGGUCUGGGCUUCAGGUUUCUCUGCUGCAUUUUUAAAGAAGCAGAGUGUGGCAACUAGAGGGGUGCUGAGCUCCAAUAGUUCAGAGAUGGGCGCAUUGCUUGCAACUAAGCCAAGUGAGGAGCGAAAACCGGCAGUUGCAGAAGUUGCAUUGUUGGCAGUUUUGGUGAAGUUCUUUGAGGUGGUUCUGAACCUUCCUUCUAUCAACAGGAGGCUCCAUGAUGUAUUUGCCCUAUUAUCAUCAGAGCAACCCAAAUGUCCACAGUUGUACAUCUACAGUUCUGCUGAUAGAGUUAUACCAGCAAAAUCGGUGGAAUCUUUCAUAGAGAGUCAACGGAGCGCCGGACAUGAAGUUAGGGCUUGCGACUUUCUAAAUUCACCUCAUGUUGAUCAUUUCCGAAGCCACCCGGGCCUUUAUACUUCUCAGCUCACAAAUUUCCUGGAGGAUUAUGUACUUAUUUGUUGCAAAGAUUCAUAGAACAACUCCUUGAAUACAUGUACAUUUUUUCACAUUAGUCUCCAUUUUUCCCCUGGCUGUAAAUUUGCUGGGGAGAUAGUGUAAAGAGUUCAUAUAUACAUGCAUAAAGGAAUAAAAGAGAGAAUUAUACCAAUUUGCCAUUCUAUUGUCUUUUUCAUUAUUUUGUGGGCUGUUAUACCUUGACAAGGUAUC